GUGCCGCAGAGCGAGGAGUAGGACUCACAGGCUCUCUUGACAGACAAGACAGACAUUUAUUAUACACAAACAAAGGCCUAACAUAUCGGCAACCACAGAAAACCAGGUGCACGGCAGCCUGGGUUUCGCUGUCCUGGUGAUGGACAUGUCGGGAGCCGUGCCCCUUGGAAGUAUAGAAAGCCAAAGUGGUCAAAAUUUUCCAUACACAGUUUGUGUUGCACAUUACUGAGUGCCAGUGUCUGUAACGUAUAUUAAUAAAUGUUUGUCUCCAUCGAGGGAGUCUAUACAUUUUGCUCCUUGCCCAGUGCCACUCGGGCUGUUACAACUUGGCCCUACAUACAAACCUUUCUCCAAUGUCCUUCCCCAAAGUCCUUUCUUACAAAGGCCCUGGCCAAUUCCCUGGUGUGCUGGAUAGGUGGGGAGUGAGUAGUGGGCUGGUGGAGUAUCGCCCCCCUGGCAUCACACAUCUUUGCUUUUUGCUGGACUAUCUGUCUCCAAGCGAUUUAACAAAAAAAAAUGUUAAUGUCAAUUACUUUGAGAUAUAGAAGUAAAAUUCAGAUAGAAAACAAUCAGAUCAUCUGGAGAGGCGUUAUCCUGCCCAUUCCAACAGAUCCCACCUUGAAAGUGGAUGUUGAUCAGAUAACAUGUCCAGCACUGUUAAUGGUUGGUGAUGAUGACCAGAGCUGUCCCAUUCUGGAGACUACUGAAGAUAUACAACAGAUAAUGGAAAAGGCAGGAAAUCAUCACCUGCUCCAAGUCUUCAUCUACCCUGGUGCAGGGCACCUAAUUGAGCCGCCAUACUCACCACAUCACUGGGCUGCCAACUUCAAACAAGUGGUCAUGCUCAUGGGUGGACAGGCCAAACCACAUGCAGAUGCCCAAGAGGACUCAUGGGAAAAACAUCUGGCCUUUCUACAGCAACACCUGUAUCAUGCAACUCCACAGGCAAAACUGUAGUGGUGCAAUAUUUGUAUAGAAGAGUAUGUGAAUAGAGAAAACUUCUCAAAUCAUUUUAGAAGGAGGUAUUGUAGUAUGAUAUCUGUGAUUUUUCAGUAAUACUAUUUUUGAAAUACUUAAGUAAGGUCUUCUUCUUACUUUGGUAAAGCCCUAAUUAAAAACUGUUGAAAAAUGGUUUAUUCACUAUAAAAAAAGCUUUAUACACCUUGA